GAAAAUUCCACUUGAUUUCCAAAUCAGGAAGAGUGGAGAAAAGUGUGGAAGCACACAAUGGAGCUGUACUGGCAGGAAGGUGGAAUUAUGAGGGAACAGCCCUGGUUACAGUUGGGGAAGAUGGCCAAGUGAAAAUCUGGUCUAAAACUGGAAUGCUGAGAUCCACUUUAGCUCAGCAAGGAACUCCUGUGUACUCCGUGUCCUGGGCACCUGACUCAGACAAAGUUCUCUACACCUCAGGGAAGCAGCUGAUCAUCAAACCCCUCCAGCCAAAUGCAAAAGUGUUACAGUGGAAAGCCCACGAUGGGCUGAUUUUAAAAACCGACUGGAAUUCUGUGAAUGAUCUGAUUCUUUCUGCAGGGGARGAUUGUAGAUAUAAGUGGUCCUAUGCCCUGGAGAAGCCCAACACAGGCAGCAUUUUCAGCAUUUCCUGGUCCAUCGAUGGCACCCAGCUGGCAGGAGCCUGUGGCAACGGCCACGUCAUCUUUGCCCACGUGGUGGAGCAGCACUGGGAAUGGAAAAACUUUGAAAUUACCUUAAUUAAGAGAAGAACCAUGAAGGUGCACAAYGUGGUGAACGACGCCGUGGAUUUGUUGGAAUUCCGGGACAGGGUGAUCAAAGCCUCCCUGAAUUAUGGAUAUCUGGUGGUUUCCACUUCCCUUCAGUGCUACGUCUAUUCGACAAAGAACUGGAACACUCCACUGAUCUUUGACCUGAAGGAAGGAACUGUGAGUUUGAUUCUCCAAGCAGAAAGACAUUUUCUUCUUGUGGAUGGUGGAGGGCUUUAUUUAUAUUCCUAUGAAGGCAGAUUGAUUUCCUCCCCAAAAUACCCAGGCAUGAGAACAGACAUUUUAAAUGCCCAGACGGUGUCACUGAGCAAYGACACCCUGGCAGUGAAGGACAAAGCUGAUGAGAAGGUUAUCUACAUUUUCGAAGCUUUAUCUGGGAAGCCACUGGGUGAUGGAAAACCUYUGAGCCACAAGACAGAGAUUGUGGAGAUUGCUUUGGACCAGAAAGGACUUACAAGUGAGAGAAAAAUCGCUUUUAUUGAUAAGAACAGAGAUCUUUUCAUCACUUCAGUGAAGAGGUUUGGGAAAGAGCAGAAGAUUGUCAAAAUAGGGACAAUGGUGCAGAGUUUGGCCUGGAAUGACACUUCCAACAUCCUCUGUGGCAUUCAGGAUUCCAGGUUCACGGUCUGGUAUUAUCCCAACACUGUUUACGUGGAUAAAGAUCUCCUCCCAAAAACCCUGUAUGAAAAAGAUGCCAGUGAAUUCAGCAAGAAGCCGCAGAUUGUGAGUUUUGUGGGCAGCCAGGUGAGGAUCCGCAGGGCAGACGGGUCCCUGGUUCACCUGCACAUCUCCCCCUACCCCUCCAUCCUCCACGGCCACGUCAGUGCCUCCCACUGGGAGGAGGCAGUCAGGCUCUGCCGUUUUGUCAAGGAUCARACCCUGUGGGCUUGCUUGGCUGCCAUGGCAGUGGCCAACAAGGACAUGACCACAGCUGAGAUCGCCUACGCRGCCAUCGGCGAGAUUGACAAAGUGCAAUACAUCAAUUCCAUCAAGGAUCUGCCAUCCAAGGAGUCCAGGCUGGCUCACAUGCUGCUGUUCAGUGGCAACACGCAGGAGGCUGAGACCCUCCUGCUGCAGGCAGGMCUGCUCUACCAGGCUAUUCAACUCAACAUCAACCUCUACAACUGGGACAGAGCCCUGGAGCUCGCUGUGAAGCACAGGACACACGUGGACACUGUCCUGGCCUACAGACAGAAGUUCCUGGAGGAUUUUGGCAAAAAAGAAACCAACCAAAGAUUCCUGCAAUAUGCACAAGGUCUGGAAGUGGAUUGGAACAAAAUCAAAGCCAAGAUAGAGAUGGAAAUUGCUAAAGAAAGAGAACGAGCAGCAKCCAGCUCUGCAGGGAGGACCAGUGUUACUGUGCAGCAAUAAUUGACAUUUUGGGCACCUUUCAAAUGCUGCUUCACUCUUUGGUGCUGCCUUGUGCUGACAAAUAUUUUAAAAAGCCACAGCAAAUGUUUUGUGGGCCACAGAAGUGAGAAUUCCUUGAUUUUCACCAUUGGGUGACACACGGGAUGAAUGAUUUCCUUUCAUUUUGAGCUGGGUUUAUGUUCUGGUGCCACUGAGUGCUGCAUGUAUGAGGGGAAAAGGGAAUUUCCUGUUUCUCUCUUAGUGGCUUUGAAAUUUUCAUUGCCAUUAAAAUCCUUUAACCUGGCUUGCCUCAAAUGAAGUCCCAGUUUAAGCCCCAAUUUAAGCAGUUUUGUGAUUUCUGCAGCAUCUGAGGCCUCUCCAGACUCGUUCAAAUUGCCCUGAAACAAAUUUAGCAAACUCAAAGUGCUGAAAACGUAAAAAAAAACGGAGCUUGAGCCCCCAAAGUACAAAUAUUUCUCUCACAGUUAUGGUAAUACAUCCACAUGAAGUAAAUUGUUUAAUAAAUUAUUUCAGAUGAUUUCAGCAGCUCACGUUUGUCACUGAGCAAAGCAUUCAGCAGUGAAAGGUAUUUUCUUGUUUCAAAUGCUUAGCAAUAUGCUUUUAGGGUUGUUGGAAGUGACAAACAGCAUUUGUAGCAUCUGAUCUGUAAAACUGACAUUUUAAAUAAGUAUUUCCUGUAUUUUUUUUCUGCUUGAUUUGUAAAUAUUUUUUUUACAUUUGUGUUAUUUYAUCAAGAUACAUUUUUCUUUGUUUUACACGCAGAGCUGGCUGCACUCUGCAGAAACCCUUCAUGUUGUAAAUAUAURAACAGGUUCUUCACCACUGACAGGGUGUAUUUUGUAUUUUUCAAACGUUUCCAUCCAAAUGUUCAAUGUUUGUACAGACAGCAAAUCCCUUCUGCUUUGUAAAUCAUCCUGUGACCCUUCCUUGCAUAAUUCAUCAAUUCCUUCAUAAAACCAAAUAAAAGGUUGAGGUUUUUAAUGUGUCUGAGAGCUGCUUCAUGAGGGGAUCUCUGCUAAAGGAAGAAUAUUUGGGGUGUUUGAAUUCUGUUUGGAGGUGAUGGGAGUGGGUUGUUAAUUCUGUUUUUAUCUCACACAUCCAGACCUGAGUAUUUUGGUGUUAAACAGAAAACAAAGCAAAAUAUUUUGGGAAAGCACUUUUAUUCCUCAUUUUCACCGAGUUCUAAACACAAUUACGAGCUUGGGGUAGGAAAUCUUAAUUUCAGAAUAUUCUURGGAGAAAACAUUUUUUAUUUGGCUUUUCUGGGAUUGUGGCAGGGAUUUUAGAGAUUGUAGUUCCAAGGGAAGGGCCAUCCAUCUGUGCCGAGUAAUUUGGAGCUGAUUUUUCUAAAUUUUGCAUUGUAUUUUUGCCUGUUUUCAGUUCUUUCAGUAUUAAGUAAAAAGGAAGAGCAGAAGGAUACAGAUGUUUCAGGUGUGUAUUGGUUACAUUAUUGCACAGAACAAGAAAUGGUUUUAAAACCCUCUUUUAAAAAUAAAUAAAUAACCCCUUMUUUAAUUACUGCUAGAUUUAAGUAAUCAACCAAUUUAAGAAACAGAUUAAUUAACAUGAUGAAAAUUCAGUUGUUUGGGUGUGGUUGUGAUGGAUGAAACACCAAAAAUAACUUAAAUUUUGCCACUGCAAAGUGGGAGUUGAGUUAAUCUACUUCAUUUAACCUUGAGCACCAUAAAUUCUCUCAGUUAUAAAAAGGGUGAUUGAAAAAUUCAUCUUUAAGUGAAAAAUAAAGUCUUGAAGUGAGAUAAAGGUAAAAGCUCAGGUGGGUGUUUAAAAACUGCAUAUUUUUCAUAGUUCAGAGGAAAAAUUUUAAAAUAUCUUUUGUUUUCUGGUAUUUAAGGCAAUARAAACUUUGAAA